GUUUAGUUAUGUCUGAGGUGAGUAUUUUAUAGGCAACAAGAAUAACAGUCCAGAACCCCGCCAACUUUUCAGACUGCUUGACGCUCCCGAUAUAGCUUGCUCCGUUGCACUCGCACCCCUAUUUUUAACCCGUACUCGUUCCCGCUCGCACUUGUGGGUUUUCUUGGGAUUUUCUCGGGCAUGCGCAGAGCGUCGCGACGCACGUGUCGGUGUAACUUCUGGUGAGGUAUGUCGUCCUGGUAUCGGGCGCGCCUAGGGCGGCCGCUUCGCGCCGCCGCCCAGCGCCGCAGCCGCCCUAACCUCCGCCCGCCCAGAAGCAAGUAAGGCCGCUAGCGAUACGGUCCGCUCAACUUCAGAUUCGCGACCGUGGACGUGCAAAGUUACGCUUUACGCGUUUUAAAAAACCGACGUAUAAAAAAAGUGUUAUAAGUUUAAUAUCAUUUUAAAAAUAUUCCUCUUUAAAUCUACCCACACUUUGUCUGUUUUAAAUUUUAACAAAGUUUGUUUUUGCAGGUUUUAAUAUUUGUUUGGUGUAAGUUUUAGUGAGUUAAGUGUGUGCCUCAGGUCCUGGUGGUUUGCUGAUGAUCUUCAGAUCCUGAGUCUUCUGCAGCCGACCCUCAAAAUGAGACGUCAAGUAACAGUUCCAGUGGCGAGUCCGCCGGGCAGCGCGGGCGCGCCGCGGGAGGAGGCGCCGCGCCCCCCUCCGCCUCCCGCACCGCGCAACGGCACCCCUAAACAAGGUGGCCUCACGAUAGUGCGGCGAUCCUCAAGCCGCCACAAGAACGAAAGCUGUCCCACGCCCACUGACGAACAGUUAGACCAACUGAGUCUCGACACUGACCACUUGCCCGCCGUCGACACGCCUGACGCAUGCGACAAGGCCGCACUUAGAUUACGCUAUCUCCUUAGACAAUUAAAUAGAGGCGAAAUAUCAGCAGAAACACUACAAAAAAACCUACAGUAUGCAGCCAGAGUGCUCGAAGCAGUAUACAUAGAUGAAACCAAACCGGCCGUGGCGAGGCAGCAGUCGGCCCCAACCCUGGUGUUUAGGAGAUUGGCGGACGAAGAUGACGAGUUGUCUGAGGUGCAGCCGGACGCCGUGCCGCCGGAGGUGCGGGAGUGGCUGGCGUCUACAUUCACGCGGCAGCUGGCGACCGCCAAGCGGAAGUCGGACGAGAAGCCCAAGUUCCGGUCGGUGGCGCACGCGAUCCGCGCCGGGAUAUUCGUGGACAGGAUAUACAGGCGGGUGACGAGCACGGCGCUUAUGCAGUUCCCACAGGACGUCGUCAGAGUGCUGAAGACGCUGGACGAGUGGUCUUUCGACGUGUUCGCGCUGUUCGAGGCGGCCGCGGGGGCGCCACUGAAGUACCUGGGCUACGAGCUGCUCAACCGAUACGGGAUGAUACACAAGUUUAAGGUCCCUCCGACGAUCCUAGAAAGCUUCCUCAGCAGAAUAGAAGAGGGCUAUUGCAAGUUCAACAACCCCUACCACAACAACCUACAUGCGGCGGACGUCGCGCAAACCGUACACUACAUGCUUUGCCAGACGGGACUUAUGAACUGGCUAUCAGACCUGGAGAUCUUCGCCACGCUGGUCGCGGCGGUGAUCCACGAUUUCGAGCACACCGGCACCACGAACAACUUCCACGUGAUGUCCGGCUCGGACACGGCGCUGCUAUACAACGACCGCGCUGUGCUCGAAAACCACCAUAUCAGCGCCGCCUUCAGGCUAAUAAAAGACGAGGAAUGCAACAUUCUUCAGAACCUGUCGCGCGACGAGUUCCGCGAGUUCCGCACCCUCGUCAUCGACAUGGUGCUGGCAACCGACAUGAGCUUCCACUUCCAGCAGCUGAAGAACAUGCGCUCAUUACUGACGCUGGCUGAGCCUACGGUGGACAAGUCAAAGGCGGCGUCCCUGGUGUUACAUUGCUGUGAUAUUUCGCAUCCUGCCAAGAGAUGGGACCUCCACCACCGAUGGACGAUGAGCCUCCUGGACGAGUUCUUCCUCCAAGGCGACAAGGAACGCGAACUAGGGCUGCCAUUUAGCCCCCUUUGCGACCGUAACAACACAUUGGUCGCGGAAUCCCAGAUCGGGUUCAUAGAGUUUAUUGUAGAGCCCAGCAUGGGGGUGUGUGCUGAUAUGUUGGAAUGCAUCCUUGGGCCUCUGCACUCUAGCAGCAAGACUGGAGCUAGUCAAGAACCGAUUAGUGAGGAUGCUCCGGGGAAAAUCGUAAACGAAACCAGCACAAAGUUCAAGAUCCGAAAGCCAUGGGUCGCCUGCCUCAGUGACAACAAGAAAAUUUGGAAGGAGCAAGCUGCUAAAGAUGCAGAGGCCCGAGCCAAGGCCGAAGAGGAAGCCAACAUCCCCCCAGCUCCUGCGCCGACAGAAGAAUAAUAUUUAGCCACAUUUGUAAAUAGCGUUAAAUCUAACUGUUACAACAUGUUCUCUUCGCUCUUGAAGAAAACUUAAAUUUCCGUUGUUUGUGUGUAAAAAUGCUUGCAGUAAUUAAACGUCGCUGCGUUCGAAAUUUAAAUAAGUAUCCUGGCAACAUUUUCGCUUCCUUGAAGUAGGCAAAGACCUUUUACAAUGCAUGUGCUCGAAAA